AUGCGGAUAUGUGAAUAUGCGGCUAGCAAAAAUAAAAAAUUUAUUUUCAAUAUGGGAGCUGAAUAUUUGACGAAGAAAUUUAAGAAAGAAAUUGAGAUUAUUUUAAAAUAUUCGGAUUUAAUUUUUGGUAAUGAAGAUGAAUAUAGGGCAUUUGCAAACGAAAUGAAUUUUGAUAAAAAAGAGGAUAUUAAAGAUAUUGGAUUAGAAAUGGCAAAAUAUGAGAAGGUAGAGAUAAUAAAAUUAAUAAUAUGCUGGUUAUAG